AUGCUUGACCACACUAAUACCUUGAUUAGGACGCAUUAUCAGUAUCUUCUACUUGUAUAUGUGGAUGUCUUUACAUUGAGCAUGCCGCGCGUCGUCCAUCGCCAGAUGACCCAAAUGCACCACUCUUUCGUGGAGGAGUUCCAGACACCACCUGUGGUGGAUUCCAUCCGAUUGGGCCAUGGAGCAUGGGGGCCAGUUGUCUUUGUGGUCAGCAGUGGCAACAGCACGAGCAUGCAGAUACUCCACCACGUCCUACGGCCUCCCCCAUUACCUCCUCACCUGCCCACUGUCACAUCCCUUACCAGCCCUGUGGAAGCAGCACAUCCAGUUGCACCACGGAACACGCCAAUGCCGGCCCCUAUUGCUGCCUAUAGCGGUAUCCGGGCGGCUGGUGCAGGAAGUACCAAUGAUCGAAGGGUCAAUGCAUACCAACGGCACGCGGUCGACACUCGUCGACGCCCCAGACACGGCUAUCCAACUGGUCCAGCUUCAGGCAGUGCACCUGCAGUGACGUCCCAGCCCUCCUCCCAGCCUAACGAUCCUGCAAAAUUCUCCAUUGAUCUUGGUCUAUUGCCUGUCGCACUCCCACAAGCGCCCAUGUGGUCUGACGAAACGAAACUAGAGCCACCUCCCACACUGAAUCUUAACGACCAUCAAAUUGCUACACUGCAGGAGAAACUUAGGGAGCAUAACCUAGUUCUGACGGUAGAGGUACCGCCAAAUGGACUUGUCCAUGCAGCAGUCAACAAACAAAUUGAAGAUUUCUGUGUCACGAACCAAUUUGCGUUGAAACCUAGGUCUAGCGCCAACCCCAACUCAUCUUCCGCUUCAGUCGCCAACUUCAACUGGACCUUUUAUGUACCUCUACGCCGAGCAGCCAAUCAUACACGCAACUUCGGUGCAAAGAUUCUAACAGCAGACACUUUCACCGCAGACACUUUACGCCGUGCUCCUUUCGGCAAAAAUGUUGCAAACCACACUUCGCCACGGGUGUUUGCUUUCAUAGGACCCAACUUCGACCACCUUUGGGGUCCUCUACCGGGUGCCCAUGACCCAGUUCUGCAUCGUUGUUUUUACAAAACGGUCAUGGCGUUUUUGCCCCCUUUCCGGGAUGACGACCACGAGCCUGUUUGCCUUCAAGGUUGCCCUAGAGGAGAGAUCCCCCUUGAAAAUGCUAUUGCCUCUACAUCGAGUCUCAAUGUUGAUCUUUAUCACUCAGACUCAGACUCUGUGCCGCCUUCACCCUCAGAGCUGUUCCCCAUACACCGUACUACUACCCCCGAUCACUUCACUAUUCCUUCUUCAACGUCAGUUGUCACAGCCUCACCUAAUGCGGGUACCUCAUCGACACGGCCAUUACUAGUUCAUUCAAGGUCUCCAUCUCUAGAGCUUGUUGAGGCAAUAUGCCGACCUGCAAGGCGUCCAAGGAUAGGGACCCUCUCAAAUUCUGCAGGAGCAGUGCUUGUCCCGUAUCCUCAAAGCUUAGCCAGCAUAGCGAGCCGCCUCCCUGCGCCCGUCCCGUUUAACCGUGUUGAUGGGUUGUUUGUUGAAGGAUGGAUUGAGCGUGUGCGCGAUGUUUUGCCACCAAGACCUAGUGGACAAGAAGUGCGCAUUUCAGGACCUGAUGUGGAUGCAUGUGCCAAGGUGUUGGUGUUUCUUGUGACGUGGCAUUUCCGGCAUCCUCCACUUUUAGAUUCACAGUGGGACGACAUACUUGCUCAAAAUUGUCCAGGAGUGCAGUGUGAGCUGGUGUCAUUGUCUGCCUUUCUAAACCAUCGUCGUUCUUUCUGCGUUGGCGAAGGUAUUGGUUCUGGUCCCGAGCGUGCAGUAUUGUCUCGUGCCAUUGAGAUUGCUUCAUCAGAUGUUGCGUACUGGCAGCAAGGUGUCGGACACAGCUCAUUGUACCAAUCAAUGCUUCUUUUCCCUUCGACCGAUAGUAUCCAAACAAGGCGCACAACGUUCGCCACCCAUGGAUUCCUUUGUCUUAUCCAUAUGUUGAACAUUCCUGCCGCUCCAUUUCCCAUACAUCCCUUAUUGCUUUAUCUUGUGAUUGACGGACGCAUGGCCUUCACGAUCGACCUUCCCUUUCUCCAAGAAAUUGAUGAAGAUCUUGUCAAGACUUUGCGUCCUUGGACGUCGUGGGAUCGCCGUUCGAGCCAGCCUUUGCAUGGGCAGACUACUGAGCUCCAUGGCCUUUUGGCAGCAUGUGAGAUACCGACCAACUGUCUAACAGACAACAUGGGUGACUCUGAGCUUGAUGGCAUUGAGCGUAGCAUGCUUAGCUAUCUUCUCUUUGGCUCGAAAGAUAUCAGCCAUCAUCCUGACUACCUCGCUUUCUGCCAUGGCUUCAAUCUCAAGAUUUCUAGAGACGUGUCUGUCCUCGAUUCAUAUUUCCUGCCAGCUACUGACUUUGACGUGAACGCCAGACUUUUAUUUGGUCCUCCAAGGGCCUUUUGGCCUAUUUACUCCCAUACAGCAGCUACCUCUGAUCAGUGCAAUAUUGGAAAGAGGUUCAUAGAACACCUCCGACGUUACCUCUUGGGUGUUGGUCAUGUUGAGCAUGACUGGACACAACCUUUCCUUGAUGUGACCGACGUUGCAGCCAAAAAACAUGAUCUACUUUUGCGCAGUCAUCUUUUGCUAGCCACGCUCACCGGUUCAAACAAGAUCCCAACAGCAGAUAAUUGGAGCUUGACAUUUAACAUUUCCUAUAAGCCUUUUCUGGACACAUUGGAGGUCAAAAUGCCACCUCUUAUGAGCAUUCAUGCUUGCUUCCAUUCAGCAGAUGUUAUCGUCGACUCCUCCUUUCGCAAAAUCCUUCUAGAUGCCUUACCUUCCAACCCAAGGCAGGCAACAGCGUUUGAUGCAUGGCUCCAUUUGCAGCUCAUUGGUCCAGACACCUUUGAGAUGGUAUAG